UCUCAGCCGUUACUAACUCAUCCACGCUCACCCGUUUAUUUCUCCAGUGGCCGGCCGCUGCCCUUCGAUUUGCUUAGGGUUUCCUUUCUCCGUCGUCGUCUCUUCGAUUCCCUCUCGAUCUUCGCCGGAUCUUCGCCGGAUCUUCGCCGGAUCUUUGCUGGAUCUUUGCUGAUGGUGAAGCUCCAAAAACCGAAGAAGAAGAAGCAGGGAACCGCAUCCCUGACCCCGUCAAGGAAGAUCAAGAAGAAGGAGAAGAAGAACGAGGAUCAGAAGCCGAAGGAGAAGGAGAAUAAUCGCCCAGCAUCCUCGCCGGCGGAUGCGGCGGGGACUUCCGUUGCCAACACUAGCAGGGCGGCGGGCAAUGGGAAGAACAAAGAACCCUCUGCCGCGACGCCGGCUGAGAAGAGCUCGGGAUUUAUCUUUAUGUGCAGCGGGAAGACGAAGCCCGAGUGCUUCAGAUUCCAGGUAUUUGGACUUCCCGCUGGAAAGAAGGAGGCUGUCGAGAAGAUCAAGCCAGGCACCAAACUGUUCCUCUAUGAUUUCCAACUGAAGCUUCUGUAUGGGGUUUAUAAAGCUUCCUGCCAGGGCGGAAUGAACCUGUCUCCCGAAGCUUUCAGAGGAGCCUUCCCAGCACAGGUGAAGUUCAAGGUUUAUAGGGACUGCAUACCACUUCCUGAGACUACAUUUAAACCAGCUAUUAUAGAAAAUUAUGACAAGGGCAAAUUUACUCCCGAGCUUAAUUCAAAACAGGUUCAUAAAUUGCUAUCGUUGUUUAAUCCUGCAAAUGAGGCAUCGCAGCCGGCCCCUCUCCAGAAUGUGUCAUCAUCCACCAAACAUGGGGGUGGGCAUAUCAUGUCAACCAAAUAUAACAAAGAUCGUCUGCAUCAAUCUCAUUUGCCCCUUGAGGAUCAACAUAGGUUGGGCCAUGUGGCCCAAAUUGCACCUAUCACACAUCUGCCUCUUGAAAAUACCCAUAGGUUGGGUCAGCUACCGCUUGUCACACCUCAUUUGUCAUUUGAGGAUUCACAUAGGUCUGGUCAUUUGACACAUGGGCCACCUCAUUUGCCCACAGAGGAUCCUUUAAGGUUGGGUCAUUUGACACAUGGCUCACCUCAUUUACCUCCGGAGGAUCCAUUAAGGUUGGGCCAUCUUCCACAUGUAACACCGGUGGAGUUGAGAUAUAUUCGCCAAGCUCGUGCAAGUGAUUCCUAUGCUUAUUCUGUAGAAGAUCCCUCUCUAAUACCUCCAGCCACUCAACAUCCAGUUGAAGCUACACGAGCAUACUAUGUUGAAAAUCCUAGUCGGGGUGAACGUCUUGCUUACAGGUUAGUUCCUGAGAGAAUUCCGGCGGAUCCACUCCUGCCAAGGGACUACCAUGCUGCAUCCGCUAGAGAUGGUGCAGCCAUUUCCAGUUCUGAUCUGAGGAUCUAUGAACGAGCUGUAAGCCACCGAGUGGCAGGAUAUGAAGAUCCAAAUGCACCAAGCAGGGCUACUACUGCGCCUGUUUCUUCACGCUAUUCAUUUGCUGGGGCAACUACAGUGCAUCGCUAGUAGUCGGUAGUCGUCUCGCGGUGUACUUUUUAUGUGCUUGUUGUAAUAGCGAUGGCGCAAAGAACGUCAUUUUGAAUUUCUGCAAUGUAGAGACCAUGGCGUUUUAAACACUGCAUUUGGUUGGAAGUCGAUUAGGUCUGAUGCUUUAGCAGCUCCUAUCUCUUACCAUCGCACUCUUAUUUGUUCUCAGUUUGCUAUUGACACUUAAUCUAAUACCCUUUUCUGCUUGUUAAUUUUAUAAA